AUGACAAGUAAAGAUGACAACAAUAACGGCACUGCUACCUCUAAACCAUCUGCCACAUCGAGUUGUACCCCUACGCCAAAUACAUUAGAUGAUGAUGAGAGUCCAAUUAAUUCAAAUGAUCCUUUGCUUUUACCUCUUACCAGUAGACAUACCUUGGAGGCUUGGAGUCAUUUUAAGAGGAAAAGGGUUGGGGAUGAAAUAAAAGCAGAGUGCAACUAUUGUCUUAAACAACUUGUGGGGGGACCAAAAUCUGGAACAAGUCAUUUGAAGGAGCAUACUAAGAAAUGUCCUAAAAGGAAAUGUUUGGAUCUGCGACAAACAAGGUUGUUUGGCACACAAAAUAACCCUUGUAGUCAGACCGAGACAUUAUCUUUGGCUCCAUAUGAGUUCCUUCAAGAAAAUGGGAGAAAAGAUUUGGCAGAAAUGAUCAUUUUACAUCAAUACCCACUUAGUAAGGUUGAACACUAUGGAUUUAGGAAAUACUCCAGAACCCUUCAACCUGGAUUCAAAGUUCCAUGCCGCAACACAACAAAGAAAGACAAACUCCAAAGAUAUGACAAAGAAAAGGAGAUCAUUAGUGGGUUGCUAAGGAACGCUAAGAGUAGAGUUGCUUUGACUACUGAUAUGUGGACAGCAGACAACCAAAGAAAAGGAUACAUUGCUGUCACCGCUCAUUUCAUAGACAAUGCUUGGAAACUCCAAAGUCGAAUCAUAAGGUUUGUAUAUGUUCCUGCACCUCACACUGCUGAUGUACUUGCUGAAUUUUUAAAAGAGUGCAUUCAGUCAUGGAAUCUUGAUCUUAGGUUAUCUUCUAUAACUGUUGAUAAUUGCACAACUAAUGAUGCUAUGUUGGAAUUAUUGCGUUCUGAGUUUCCAUGGGGAUGGAACUCAACCUAUGAUAUGCUUGUGGUUGCUAGAAGUUAUAGAGAGGUGUUUGUUGUUUUAAGUGCUCGAAAUAAUUUGUACAAAAAUCCACCACUUAGUGAGGAUUGGGAUAGAGUGGAUAAAAUUUGUGAGGUUUUGGAAAUGUUCAAGAAUACUACACUUGAAUUUAGUGUUUCACAUAAUCCCACUGCCAACAUUUAUUUUUCUGUCAUUUGUGAGAUCAAACUUGCUUUAAGAAAUUGGUUAUCUUCUCCUAUUGAUUAUAUGCGGAAAAUGGUGGCAGUGAUGGUUGAAAAAUAUGAUAAGUAUUAA